ACAGCGGCGUUGCCAUGUCCGUGCAUUGAGUGCGAGGUGUGAGGAGAAACUCCGCGAAAAGUUUGUACUUGCUGUUAAAUCCUGAGCGGACGAGGGGACAAAAUGAAGAGAAAAUGCAUAUGUGAUAUCUGUAACUGUGGACGCCACCGCUGCACACAUCAGCCCACUGGCCUCUAUGAGAAGAGUAACCAGCUGUGCCUGCUCACUGAAUACAAUGAGAAGUACCCUGAGUAUGGAAGGUUCUGUCCCCCCAGCAGCAUGAAACCCAAACAGGAUUACCAGGCUGAUCGAGGAAAAAUGGAUGGGACUACAACAUUUAAAGCUGAUUACAUUCCUUACGAAGUGUCACGCAGGCCAGGGCGAUUGCAGGAAGAAUACAAGCCAAGCUCUGGGCACAUAGAUCUUGGCACCACUUAUAAGAUGGACUACAACCCAUACAAGGUGCAGGCAUUGGCACUCGCGAGGCCAAGAGAGAGGACACAUGUGACUGGAGGAAAACUGGACACUCUGCCAACAUACAAAGAUGAUUUCCGACCAUGGGAAAUAACCAAGAGAGAGCCUGCCAAACCAGAUUUAAGUUAUCAUCCUUCUUCCUCAAAGUUUGCAAACUCCACAACAUUCCAAGAUGAUUUUGCUCCUAAGAGCUUGGUUCCUCGAGAAAGUUUCAAGCCCCCCAAUAUGACCAGGCUCUCCGAUGCUCCUUUCGAUGGCCUGACAAGUAAUAGAAUUUCCUACAUCGCUCAUCCCCUGGAAUCUAAGUUUGUCAAACCGAAGGAAGAGUACAAGCCCAGCAGUCAGGCUUUUGAGGAUCUUACCAUCCAUAAGAGAGAUUUCAAAGGCUUGCCAGGAGAGAUUUCCAAAAGCUGCAAGCCAGAUUUCUCCAGAGUUGUCACAGAUGCUCGCUUCAACAGCAGCACUGAAUUCCGUGAUCGUUUUCAGCAGUGGCCAGUCAGCUUGCCCCAGGUCCAUAAGGCUGCUGAAUAUGUGUCCCCAGAUGGACACAUGGAUUUGAGCACCACGUCCCACUGCGACUACGUGAAACACAAGAUACAGCCAUUUGUUCCAAUCAGACCCAUCUCCCGCGGCAGGAGAAGUGCUGCUCCCUUCCAAGGCAGCACCACCAUGAAGGAAGACUUCAAAACAUGGGAAGUGCGCAAGCAGGAGAUGAUAAAGAAGCAGGAGGAGAUGACAAAGCCCUCUGGGAAAUUCGAUAGCUUGACCACUUUCAAAGCCCACUUCACUCCUCACGACAUCCACCCUUCCAUGAGCUGUAAACCUCUGAAUGUGGCCUUGAGGAGCUCCGCCCCAUUUGACGAUGGGACCAUGUACCGUACCGAGUUCACUCCAAAGAGAGCGCAUGUGUGUCCGGCCAGUUUUGAUUCCCCACCAGGUUAUGUUUUUGAAGAGGCUGACCACCGAGGACACAGAUAUUUCCGCAUGCUGUCAUCACCAGCAGGGAACAGCAUUGCUCUGGCUGAUAAAAUGCAAGCCCCUAAAGAGGUGGCAGUGGUGUCUUAAAGUUCAGUUGUGCAUCUGAAUUGAAAAUAUGCAUCAACCAACAAUCUCUUUUUGUGUUUUUUCUUGAAAUGGGUUUGCUAAUUAAUACAUUAAUAGAUUUCUUAAUUCUUAUGGUGAAGGUUUAAAUAAUGUGGUUAAUUUUGGGGGAUUUUUUGCACACAUUGAGUAAUCUGAAGGGUCAAUGGAAUGUUUGAUAAACUUCUAUUUUCUAAGUACUUUGCAUUAAUUAUGUAACAUAUUUGGCAUAAUAUUCUUACAAACAGGUUAUUUUUCCCGAUUGUUAUCAUUUACCACCUCAAAUCUUUGUAGACGAUAUCUUAAACAAAUGCAUAUUUUAUACUGUAUAGUACCAUUUCACUGCAAUUUAAAAAAUAUAUUUUUUAUUGCAAAGAACAUUGCUAAACUAGUAGGUUAUACAGAACAGCCUUCUAUGAACAAAAUUGUUUAAAAUCAGUUUAGGUGCCAACUGUAAUUUAUUAUGAUUUUUAGCUAAAGUAUGUACUAAAAUGUUUUGAGGCACUUCUUUAAUUUUCAUCCGCAUCUACUUAUACUAUAUACUGUAAUAUAUAAACACUGUAAAUGGAAAUGUAUGGAAAAUUACAUAAUGAUCAUUAAAGUUUCUGGCAAGUUAACUGA